CUUUCUCCCCUCGCCCCUCAUCUCCCAAAAGGCUCGCAGAGCUUUGUUUCCUUCCCACAAACUCUUCAUCGCCACUUCCAUCCCUUGAUUUCUCUUCUCCUUAGCACACGCCACAAAUGGACUUAUCAAAGCGUAGCCACAGAUUCUUCAAGUUCAGAGCCCCACACUCCCAAAAAACCUUCAUUCCUCACCCUCUCUAAGCUUUGGAUGCUUCCCAUAAUAUCCUCUCGACAGGCCGAAGAGUCCCCAUCCAACCUACCACCAACACCACUAGCCAAAUUCCCCUGGAAAAUUCUCCUCAAGGGAUAGACAAGAGGAGAAAAAGAUUUAUAUACCCUUGUCCAUCCGGUUCUCCCAUUCCACACUCUUGUCGUUUACAUCAAUGAUCGGAAGGUGCUUCGACUUCUCACGUGCCGCAGUCGUAAUUAAGAUGGCCUGGAUCAUGCUAUGGAUCGACUACUCGAGGCUGUUCUGGCUCUUCUUUGGCGACUUCUCCUACGAGAACCAUGAAGGAAAGCCUCGGAUUUAGCAAACCUUCUGCUAACUAGAGAACUCGACGCUUCCUGAUAGGCGAUCCGAUCCCUCGGGAGCUGCUUUUAGUUUUUGUUUUUUCUGGUUUUCUUCUAAGGUGCAAGAGUUUUCGUAGGCCAACAACAUGUACGAGUCCCGGCGGGGGGAGCGGGCCGCCGAGGGGAAUGGGUACGUCGAGAUCGAUCCCACCGGCCGGUAUGGACGUGUAACAGCGAGCAUGUAAGACAUUUCCUUAGCAGGGCAUUAGUAUCUAAAUUGGUGUUCAAUGAGAUGCUUGGGAAAGGAGCCAUGAAGAUAGUCUAUGGAGCAUUUGAUGAGCUAAAUGGGAUGGAGGUGGCAUGGAACCAGGCCAAGAUCUGCGAUGUGCUGCGGUCUCCGGAUGCACUGCAGCGCAUGUACUCCGAGGUUCACCUGCUCAGCACCCUCCACCAUGAAUCCAUCAUCACAUUCCACGCCUCAUGGAUCGACGUCGGAAGGCGGACCUUCAACUUCAUCACCGAGAUGUUCACCUCCGGUACCCUCCGUGAGUACCGGCAAAGAUAUCGACGAGUUGACAUCAGAGCUGUCAAGAAUUGGGCCCGCCAGAUCUUGCAUGGACUUGUAUACUUACAUGGCCACGAUCCUCCAGUUAUACACAGAGACCUCAAAUGCGACAACAUCUUCGUCAAUGGGCAUCUAGGGCAAGUCAAGAUCGGUGAUCUCGGGUUAGCGGCUGUUCUCCGGGGAUCACAAUCUGCGCACAGUGUUAUAGGGACGCCGGAGUUCAUGGCACCGGAGCUCUACGAAGAGGAUUACAAUGAGCUCGUCGACAUAUACUCCUUUGGUAUGUGCGUGCUCGAAAUGCUUACCUCCGAGUACCCCUAUAGCGAGUGCUCCAACCCUGCCCAAAUAUACAAGAAAGUUACUUCGGGUAAGCUGCCUGAUGCCUUCUAUCGGAUCCAAGAUCCCGAGGCCCGGCGUUUCAUCGGCAGGUGCCUAGAAACUGCAUCGAAGAGGUCAUCGGCCAAGAAGCUGCUUCUCGACCCCUUUCUUGCAUCCGAUGACCAUCGUAAUACUCUUCUGCCUCAGAACGCUCCACCAAUCCAGGUUAAGGCCACUGGACCUCAAGGUCACGGUCACCAUGCACCAGAGAUUCACAACCCUGAGCGCACAAAGAGGAGAACUGACAUGACGAUUACUGGGAAGAUGAAUCCAGAAGACGAUGCCAUCUUCCUCAAAGUUCAAAUAGCCGACAAAGAAGGUCAUACGAGGAACAUAUAUUUUCCAUUUGAUAUCGUGACCGACACACCGAUCGACGUCGCUAACGAGAUGGUCAAGGAGUUGGAGAUAACCGAUCGAGAGCCCUCGGAGAUAGCAGAGAUGAUAGCUCAAGAGAUCUCAACUUUGGUGCCAGGUUGGAAGGAAGGAGAUAUGCCCGACGACAGCCAUUAUGCGUAUAGCUAUGGGGAUGAUGAUGAGGAUGGAUGCAAUCACCCUUUCUUCUGUCUAUCCUCCCCUACCUCCUCCCAGGGAUCACUCUUUGGGAUGGGUCCUUCCCCAGGGUGGUCUCACCAGCAGCGCCAGUCUCACCAAGAAGACUGGUUUGGAGAUGAUCCAUACUUUGAUGAUGACGACGGGAGCUCCAUGCACUCUGGCAAGUAUUCUGCUGUGAACUACGUCUCGGGUAAUGAACACGAAGGCGAGGGAAGCUGCCAUCAAAGAGAAACUCAGCCGAUCCACAACAGCCACAAGUCGACGAGGUUUUGUCCCGGAGAAGGCCAUCCGGUUGAUGCCUCUCUGGCUACCAAAUUCCACCAGCAAUGUAGCAUAUUGCUGGAGUCCCCUAGAGCUUCCAGCUCUCGUGCAGGCAAGAGACCGGUCGAUGGCCGCUGUAUGAUGAGGAACCGUUCGAUGGUUGACAUACGGAGCCAGCUGCUGCACCGGACCUUGGUGGAGGAGGUGAAUAAAAGGCUAUUUAAAACUGUCGGAGCAGUCGAAAACAUAGGCUUCCAGGAUCCAACAGAAGGCUCGAGCAAGACUUCAUCAUCCUCAAGGAGAGACCAUAGGAAGCAGAAAACAAAGCCAUAGAUGGGGAAGGGGUUAAAAGCUUAUAUUGGUCUGCUAGCUAGGCUUGUGAUGAUAUGGUGUCAUGAUAUUUGAAGUUUGACACCUGAGCUGGACCUUGCCAUGUACAAUUGUGAAUAUUAGUAAUCCUCGUGGGCUAGUGAUGGCAAUCUACUCUGCAAGUUCUGCUUGCUUACUAUAGCAUCGAACAUUUUUGCAGAGUCUGAAGAAACAAGUAUAUGUGCUCGAUUGCUUUCUUGUAAGCAUAAGUUUUCCUUGCUUGCUAUAGCAUCAAUCAUGCUUGCGGUGUCCGAAGAAAGAAGUGUAUGAGCUCAGUUUCUCUGUUGUAAGCAUAAUGUUUGUUACAUGGAUGCUUGUAUCUCUUGCAACAAUCUCAACCAUUGAAGGAAAUUAAAUUAUCUGACCAUGAGGUUGAUUCAGCCUC